AUGAAGCCAAAUAUCCCACCAUUAAAGAUCGCCAAGUCGAAUCCGAACAUUACUGUGUCGACCACAUCACCCUCGGACCCUGACGCCAAAUUCAUCCCGUCUCGAUUCUAUUCGCAUAGCGGCCAUUCGGAGAUGACGCCGCCGAACCCCCCGAGAGCGGUUUUUCACAACUACCUGCGCGCUUUCUAUCCUUUUCACCCGGCCGGCGAUGUCUCGCCAUCGACGGUCACGCUGCCCCUCGACCAGGGCGAUAUCAUUCUGGUCCACUCCGUUCAUACCAAUGGCUGGGCUGACGGUACCUUGUUGGAUUCGGGAAAUCGAGGCUGGCUCCCGACCAACUACUGCGAAGCAUACGACCAAUUGCCUAUGCGUCCAUUAUUAAAAGCGCUGACUGAUUUCUGGGAUAUCAUCCGUGGCGGAUGUGGAUCAUCUUUGAAGGAUUUCGGAAAUCAGGAUUUGAUGCGUGGCCCCAUUGCUGGUGUUCGCUUUCUUCUGAAGUAUGAUGGAUUGCGAAGGAUUCGCAAAGCCUUACUGUCGGAUCUGUCGUCGCUUGUCAAAACCGCGAAAAGGUUUCAAGAAGUUGCCAACGGAACGCCAGCGGAAGAUGAGGUCGAGGCCAUCCUGGAUGAGAUGUUGCUCAAAGCCUUCAAGAUUGUCACUCGGGGCGUCCGAUUUCUCGACGUCUGGAAUGAGGAAGUUGGUCUGAGUCGGACGAUUGCCGAGCUGGAGACAGCCAGCGAUGGCCGGAGUCUGCAUGACAUGCCUCCAACGCCUGCUUCAGAAACAUUCACUCUCGCCGACACGACAUGCGACGGCAUCGACUGCACUGAAUCCCGACAGAUGAACCACAGCCGUAUGGAUGCAAGCCGAGCAUCGAUGCGAACCGAGAUGAUGGACCCCCCUCAUCGACCUGUCUCGGUUUCAACCAAGCGUAUCUCGGUGUCACACCGGAUUUCAUACUCGGCCCCGUCAGGCGCGAUCCGGUCGCAAAACCUGGCCUCCGAGCGUCUCGGCACGACCUAUGAUGCUUUUCUGGGCGUUCUGGGCUCCUUCAUCGGCCUUCACAUGCAGUCGCGCUCCUCAACCGAGCUGGUUCUCACCACUCAGCAGGCCGUUCAGUCCUGCCGUGGUCUUCUGAACGUCGUCGAAGCGGUCUCUGAGCAUGAUACCCAAGGAGGCGCCUUGUUGGAGGAGGCACGCGAGUCGAUGUGUGAGAAGCUGGCAGAGCUCGUCCAUGCUGCCCGCGACGUGUUUCGGCCGGCCAACUUGCACGACGACGACCUAGUGUUCAUGCCGGACGAAGGCAAGCGUCUGGUCGACGCUGCAACGGACUGUGUCCGCGCUGCUGGCAAUUGUCUGGCCAAAGCUCGCCUGGUGCUGGAGCAAAUCGGAGAUAUCGAGCUCGAUUCGUUGGACGAGGAAGUGGCCGCUCCUCCCACGUCGACUGCCGACACUCAAGAUGUGCCGGGCAUCGUCACCUCGCUAACUUCGCCCAACACACCCGCCGAGCAGGACAAACCGCAGGAACGGUCUCUUCGUCUUCCCCCGCCGCUCACGAUUCCAAACUCAACCUACUCGCCCUCCACCCCUGGCCUCACCGAUGCGGCCACACCCUCUUCUUUCCAAUCGCACCUCACGUCCAGCAGUCACCCCUCGACGCUGUCUUCUUUCCCCAACUCUGCCAUCUCCUCUCUCCCCAACUCUGCCAUCCUCCCCACCCAUCUUGAGAAACUGUCUUUCUCUUCAUACGACAGCACCUACCGUGAAAGUCAUCCGAAGUCGGACAUGAGCGAGUCCUUCGGUCGAGGUGUCACGAGCACGGGUAGCAGCUUCACUUACAACAGCCACGCCCGCGACUCCGAAAUGAGCGGUCUCUCGCAGACUUCGACCCGGGCGACCUCGCCGGACAUUGGUGGAAGCUUCCACGGAAGUUUCCAGGUGCCUUCGCUGAAGGAAAGUGUGAGCCACUCGACUUUGGCGGAGGAGAACGAGGAGACCGAGGCCCACCUUCUCGAGAAGACCUACGCCCACGAAUUGGUCUACAAGGAGGGCCAAGUCAUGGGCGGCAGCCUGCGCGCGUUGAUCGAGAAGCUCACCGCCCAUCAGUCCACGCCUGAUGCCAUGUUCGUCUCGACCUUCUAUCUGACCUUUCGCCUCUUCGCCACGCCCUUAGAGUUUGCCGAGGCUCUCACUGAGCGGUUUGAGUACAUCGGCGACACCCCCCACGCUGCCGGGCCAGUCCGGUUGCGUGUUUACAAUGUGUUCAAGGGGUGGCUCGAGUCUCACUGGCGCCACGACCGGGACAACACUGCGCUCGAGUACAUCAUCAACUUUGCGAAGACGCGUCUGACGGCGGAUCUACCCACAGCGGGCAAGCGUCUUUUGGAUCUGGCAGACAAGGUAUCUGCUGUCCACGGCCCUGUUGUUCCUCGUCUGGUGUCUUCCAUGGGCAAGACAAACACUGCCAUUGCCCAAUACGUGCACCCUGACACUCCCCUGCCUCCCCCCACCCUCGGAAAGAAGGAGCUCAAUCUGCUCAAACAGUGGAAGACCGGGGAUGCCUCCAUCACCAUUCUCGACUUUGAUCCCCUCGAGCUGGCUCGCCAACUCACCAUCAAAGAGUCGCGUAUCUUUUGCUCCAUUCUACCCGAGGAGCUUCUCGACACUGAGUGGACUCGGAAAUCAGGCUCGCUCGCGGUCAACGUCCGUGCCAUGUCGACCUUGUCGACUGAUCUGGCUCAUUUGGUCGCCGACUCUAUCCUCUACCUGGAGGAGCCCAAGAAGCGCGCCGCUACCAUCAAGCACUGGGUUAAGAUUGCCAACAAGUGCCUGGAACUGAACAAUUAUGAUUCUCUCAUGGCUAUUAUCUGUUCCCUCAACUUGUCCAUGAUCUCUCGGCUGAAGCGCACCUGGGAUAUCGUGUCUCAGAAGACCAAGGCCACCCUGGAACACCUUCGCAGCAUCGUCGACGUAUCCCGGAAUUAUGCUGUACUGCGUCAGCGCCUUCAGAACCAUGUGCCUCCAUGCUUGCCAUUCGUCGGUACCUACUUGACUGAUCUGACUUUCGUGGAUCAUGGUAACCAGUCUCUCCGCUCCCUGCCGACGGAGGACGGUGAGAUGGCCGUGAUCAACUUCGAUAAGCAUAUGAAGACGGCCAAGAUCAUUAGCGAGCUCCAAAGAUUCCAGAUUCCCUAUCGCCUGACCGAGGUUCCUGAGCUGCAAACCUGGAUGCAGAACGAGCUGGUGCGAGUACGAUCUAAUGGCGAGACAACUGCGCAGACCUUUUACCGUCGGUCACUGGUCGUCGAACCACGAGAGCCCUCCCGUAGCGGCGGCAAUCUUCAGGCUCAGAGUCAGCCCCAAUCCUCCUCAGCCGAAUCUAAUCCCUCCAUACUCGAAAACGCCAAGGACAAAUUUGAUUUCCUCUCCUGGACUCAUCCCUCGAAGCCCAAGUCCGUCGCGACUAAUGGCUAA